AUCAAUUGUAUAAAGAUUUAAUAACGUUUUUAAAUUUCUGCAAAAAAGGAUCUUUAUGUAAACUUCUUAACAUAUGAACAAUACUGUAAUAUGUAAUGAUUACCAUGGUUACACUUGUACAGUUUAUUGUGUGAUCAAUAUUUGUAGCUGUUCAUAAGUCGCGUCUUACUUCCCCUGAUUCAGUGUCAGUACUUGCUAGAAGAUAAAAAAAAUGUUUUGGGGUUUCAGCGAAGCAUUGAACCUUUUUGAAGAGUAUUGCCGAUAUUAUGACCCCAACGAAGCCCCGCCGGAAGAACUGAACAUUCUUCUAUUCGGACUCGGUGAUCCACGGCACAUUUUGAAAAGUGCAUCUAAAUCGUUUCUCCACUCAACAAGACUGAACUUUUUCCUCGCGGAGGGAUGCUUGGAAUUGAUAGCUCGAAAUCUGCUACUCACCUCGAUUGCUUUCGAAAAUGGACAGCAGCUAUCGGUCAAAGGCAAAACUCACCUGUUUAUGGACAUCUUUGGAAACACUUUGCUGCGCCCUUUCUCCAGCGGGUACAUCAAUGCAAAAGCCCGGGUGCUUACGGAUAUGAUUACAGAUUUCGAUAAGGCCGAACGGAUUGCGCCGAUUUUCUCACUUGAAGGGCUGCGUUACAAGGAGCGGGACGGCUUGGAGAAUGUGUUCAACUUUUGGACUAACCACCAGAAGCACGUGUUCAAUGUAGCGCACUACUGGGAUGCUCGUUUGCGUCAAACUUUAGGCAUCCGAUAUGACCACAAAAUGGGCGCGUUUGAUUGGGAUCUUCACAUGCGAUUGCGAGAGAACGGAGCUAAGCAGAUUUGUAACCAAGAGUAUAAACAUUGGCGCAGUACCGGAAUUGCCUUCACCUUUCCCGAGUACGAACAAAGUGAUCCGAACAAAACGCUGGCCGUUGGACUAGCGCGAGAUGGCGAUAGCUAUCGCCAUCGGGGUUUGGUGGGAGACAUGAGCGUAGGGCCGUUUAUUUCGUUCGGAAUUAGAGUUCCCGAGGAAGAACUAUCUCAUUCGAAGCAUGGUGUCAAUGAUUAUCGCGCAACUGACAUCACGGAACGAAACAUUUUCGAGAUAAUGUAUGAGUUGCAGGAAAGAAAAGAGUACGUUUUAGACAUGAAGGAUAUACAUCAGUACGGAACAUACGUUUUGGAUCCCGGCCGAAAUUUAAACAAAGAUCAAAUAAGAGUAGAAUCAGUCGAUGCAUGUAAAUACGAUCAACCACUGAUUCCUUGUAAAAAUCUGAAAAUUUCUUACAUUUCGAUCGACGAUGUUUUGAAAAUUCAAGCAAAACCAGAGCAUAGAAACAAAUAUGACAUGGUCUUAGUGGCGAAUAACUAUUUCUCAUUCUUGAAAGCAGACUUUUGCCAGUUAUUGAAACCUGAUGGAUUAUUGUUUUUAGAAACUCGGCAUUUGACUACAGAUGGUAAAGAAGACAUCAGCAAGUUCACCACUCAACUUAGAGAUUACGCCAAGAAUCUCGCGCUGAAACCUUUGACUAAUUUCGCGAUUAAUGUACCUUACUCAACUCUACGAUACAAGAACGUUCUUCAAGCACAAGGAAACAAUUCGGAAUAAAUUCGCAUCUGUAUAUUUUUAUAGAAUCCCCAGAAACACCCCCUCAAAUAAUAAAAACUUAACAAACCUAUGACGUAGCUAU